GUUCGAACGGUCAGUCAAUCUUGUUUACGCGUUUGUGCUAGUCAGAAAGUGAGCUCAGUGCGUUCGGAAGAGGUCAGUUCUGAAUCAUUUCAGUUACAAUGAAGUUGCUAAUUGUCCUGUGCUUUGGGACGCUUGCGUUGGCUGCUCCUGCGCCGGCUCCUCAACAAAAACAACCGAUUGAUUUCCUGUUGGAUUUAAAUCAGGAUGUGCUGGUUAGCGAUAGGGAAGUUAAGGCUUCUGUGAAGCCUUUGUCAGCGGCACAGGUGGCCGCCAGUACGGGUACCGCUUCGACAUCGGCACCAACCGGGCAGGAAGAAGAUUUUAUAGAACAGGCGGAUGUUCGUGAAUCUCAAGGAGACUCUAGGACAAGUGUCAACCAACCAGACGUUGAUAAGAAUGAAUAUGAUGAACAGGAGGAGUUGAGUGUUGAAAACGGCCAGGAUAGUGAUGAACGGCAUACCGGACCAGAAACUGGUGAUACGAACGAGAAAGUUUCUAAAGAAGAUACCACAAUUCGAGUAUAUGAUGAGGACGAAAAUACGAAUAACGAAAAAGAUCUUCAACAAUAUCAGGAUCAAGCAGAACAAGAGAAAGAUAUUUAUCAACAUAACGAUCGAGUGAUAGAUAGCUACCAAAAGGAAUUCGACAAUUCGCAAACAAAGGAAUCUCAACAAAGCGUGGAGCCAGUGAUUGAAACAAAUUCUGGAGUCGGUGCCAUAAACGAUGCUCAAGACGUUCAAGUUCAACCUGAUCAACUUUUCAAUCACGGUACUUUGGUGUUCGAUCGAAGCACCAUUGCUGCUACUGGUCAGGAGGCGAACCUCCAGACAACAACACCUUUUAAUGUGAAAAAUUGGCAUGACGAUCAUGGAUCUGGAUCCGGAGGAUGGCACCCAAAAUUUGAUUUCCAGGACCAUGAGCAUGGAACUCAUUUCCACGGAAUGCCUCCACCAUGGGCUCACUGGCAUCAUCAUGGUGACGAUCACGAUCAUGAUCAUAACCAUGGUCAUGGUCAUCGAGGUCACAAUCAUGAUCAGAAUGAUUACGAAAACCAAUUCCACGGCCAUGGAUUCCAUCGGGGUGGCCCAUGGAAAUGGCACUAGGCGACACGCUAAAACUAGAUUAAAAUUGUUGACUAACUAGGAGUUAGAUAUUUGUACGUACACCUUGUCAAAUUGACACAUCAGUGUAUCUGUUUAUUGAUCAUCUGAAUUAGUAAUUCAUUAGUCGCUUAUAGGAUUAAAUUGGCAAACCGGUUCAAUUGGAAACCGGAAGAUAUAAUGAAAUUCUUCUGCUCCUCUGUUUUGUUGCAAUGCAGGUUCAGUUUGAGUUAGUGGAAGAACGCACGCCGUUGGGCAAGCUCGACUGGUCAAUAAAUUGAACGAGUUGUAGAAUUCACUACUAGCCAACCGUGACAAAUA